ACGUCCACCACGUGUUAUCGGUUCGGACGAAAAAGAAAAAAAAUAGAAGUAUAUGCAUCAAGGAUCCAAGCUAGGCUAUAAUAUUCACUAAAUAUAAUAAUUAAUGAAUCCGACACAUUAUUUUCUGUGGUAGUAGUAUCAAAUUAUUACAUAUUUAGUACAUGGUACAACAUACAUGUGCGGGUUCCUGAUGCAUUUCUACAAUUCCACCAUUUUCCUACGUGUACUUCCCCAUAUACGAGGGUAAGCGCAGUUCACACUAUUGAACAAAAGACAAAACCGUUGGGUUUCCCCACUAGCCAUAUUUGCAUACACGAUUGAACUGAGUUUGCGCACUACCCAACUGCUGAAAGCACUGAUUUGGAUUGGUGAAAGCUGGUGCGCUUCCGAUCCUUAUUUGCAUACCGUGGCCGGUACGUUUUGGAUCCCGGCGUUUGAUAUAAAUAUCGGACGCUUCCAAAUGUACACCAGUAUUCGUGAGAAUCACAAUCAUCAUGCCUGCUAAAGCACAACCAGCUGGAAAGAAGGGAUCCAAGAAGGCUAAGGCCCCCAGACCUAGCGGGGGCAAGAAGAGGCGAAGACGCCGAAAGGAAAGCUACGGAAUCUACAUCUACAAGGUGCUGAAGCAGGUUCACCCUGACACUGGUAUCUCCAGCCGUGCCAUGUCCAUCAUGAACAGUUUCGUCAACGAUGUCUUCGAGCGCAUCGCCGCCGAGGCUUCCCGUCUUGCCCACUACAACAAGAAGUCCACCAUCACCAGCCGUGAGGUCCAGACCGCUGUCAGACUCCUCCUCCCCGGAGAGCUGGCCAAGCACGCCGUCUCUGAGGGCACCAAGGCUGUCACCAAGUACACCACCUCCAACACAAAGUAUUGACUGUCCCUGAUGACAAUAUCCAUGACAUAAUUGUAAUUUCAAAUACUAUAAAAGGGUACCGGUAAGUCAAAGAUAUUUGGUCGUUUGGUGUCUCAAAGUCCAAGAAUUGAGCAGUUCUAAACAUAAGCUGACAUGAAAUGAGUCAUUUCAGUUUACCUCUUGUAUUUCUUACAUUGUAAUGAAUACUACUACUAAUAUGAUCAUUAGCUUUGUGCUUCCUAAAUUUUUCAGAGAAAAACAAUCUUUCUUGCAGAUUGAUUAAAUAAUAAAUUAAAGCAAAGGUAACAUGAUGAUGAUUGAUAAAUAACAGCUGACGUA